AUGGGGAAAAAGUGGACAAAAGUUCAGCAACUGUACAUCAACAACAAGUUUGUCCCUGAAUCCAAACUCACCAGAUCUGGAGAUACUGCUCUUCACAUAGCUAUAUCUUAUUACCAUCCAGAUCGAGAUGACCCUAAACAUCAUCCUCAUCUUACUUGUAUUAAGGAGAUGAUUGCCAACAUACCAAAGGAAAAUCGACUACUUAUCUUAAAACAGAAGAAUGAAAAAGGGAACACACCUCUUCAUCUUGCAGCAGCACUCGGGAGUGUUCCCAUUAUUGAGAGUUUGGUAAACUCAGAAGAUCCUACUCUCAUCCGGCAGACCAAUUCAAAAGGGGAAACCCCCUUGUUCAUAGCUGCUUAUCAAGGCAAGCUAAAAGCUUUUCUCUACCUACAUAAGUGUGUUCAAGAUGAAAACGGAGAAGGUCCAAUUGAACUUUGUAGAAGGGGAGAUGGGGAUAACAUUCUACACGCCGCCAUCUCCGGCGGGUACUUUGGCAUAAAUAUCGAUGAGCUACAGCUAAUGACACAUAAACCUGAAGGCAAGGACGACUCAAAACUUAAAAAACUCGGUAGUCAUCUCCCAGAGAACUACCAAACACUGGUGGAGUUCUUGGAACUACUUCGGUAUGGGACUCAGAAAUUUCGAGAUUACAUCAUUGAUGUCUAUACUGGGAAUCAAGAAAACAAGGCUAAAGAUACUACUGGAGUAACUGACGCGAAUCACGAGAAGAAGGCUCCAGCUGAAGGGAAGAGUAACGGCAAGUUGUUUCCAGCCAAUUACACCAUCUUUAUCGAGUUUCUCAAAUGUCUAAUGAAGAUUGUGCUAAUUGUAUUGGGAAUUGGACUUCAAAGAAUUAAAAAAAUAGAGGAAAGAAAAAGGCAACAUACAUGGGGAGUUCAAAUUAUGGAGUUGUUGAUUGAGAAAGAAGGACGUUACAAAUUCUAUGAAAGUACUGGGGAAGAGCCAAAAUAUAGAGCAAGCACCGAUUCAAAGCACCAAGCACAAAUUUCAAGCACCAAUCUCAAGCCUCCUACAAAACCUCCCCCAAUAGUUGAGGAUGAUGAUAAAAAGGACGAAGACCAGAGUAAGACUGCAACGACAGAUGAGAAAAAGAAAGAUGAUCACAAGUCCGAGUUGUCCAAGCCAACCAAGGAGACACCCUUAUUAGAGGAGGCAUCAAAGAUGGGUAUUGUAGAGAUGGUAGAGAAGAUCCUUAAAAUUUUCCCAACAGGCAUUCAAGAUACGGACUCUAAAGAGUUGUCCAAACCGACCAAGGAGACACCCUUAUUAGUGGCAUCAAGGAUGGGUAUUCUAGAGAUGGUAAAGAAGAUCCUUAAAGAAUUCCCAAUAGCCAUUCAAGAUACAGACUCUGAAAAGAAGAACCUACUGCUGUUGGCUAUAGAGCAUAGGCAAACAGAGGUCUAUAAUUGGUUAAUACGAGAAAAGUAUCCAAAGCACGUGUUUUAUCAGGUGGAUAAAGAAGGAAACAAUGCGCUGCACCUACCGCAAAGUUCCAGAAGCUGGAUGUGUGGCGCAUCCCUGGUUCCGCUCUACAGUUGCAAGGCGAAAGGAAGUGGUACAAGUAUGUCAAGCAAACUUUGCCACGACAGUCAUAUGUUCGUUAUAACAAGAAAGGUCAGACACCAAGACAGGUCUUCAUAGAGACGCAUGCAACGUUACUCAAAGAUGGAACUGAAUGGCUCGUCAAAACUGCC